GCCGGAAAUCAGCAGUCAGAUGUUGAAUGAUACUGUGUAGGCAAGUUUUGAAACAAUGUUGCCGUUACAGUUUACUAAAGAUCCUUUGCCAGAAGCGGUGACUACUGACUUUCAGAAUUUGAACAAAUUUAGUGAGCAGCAAUUUGCCAGCCUGACAGAAAUCCUAUACCAGUUUCUGCUGGAGCCAAAGGAGACAGACAAGUUUCUGGCGCAGCUGAAUGAGUUUGCUGGGGAGAAUGGCAUGAGUGCCGGUCCUCUGAGGAGCUUGAUCAAGAGUGUGCUCCUCCUUCCUCACGGUGCUCUGAAGAAAAAUCUUACCGCUGAACAAGUUAAAGAAGACCUCCUUAAUCUUGGAGUCAAUGAAGAUAAGGCUGUGCAUUUCUCAAAUCAGUGGAAAGUCCACUCUGCUGUGCUCUCCCGAGUGGCUGUCGGACAGACUUUGAUGGUCAACCAGCUGGUGGACAUGGAGUGGAAAUUUGGUGUGACUGUAGGGACCAGUGAGAUUCAGAAGACUGGGAACAUCUUUCUACAGCUCAAGCUUAUCAUCCGAAAAGGAAACUCCACAGAAAACGUCUAUAUGGAGCUGACUCUACCGCAGUUCUAUAACUUUCUGCAUGAAAUGGAGCGAGCUAAGGCUGCUCUGGACUGCUUCAGCUGAGCGGCAGCGUGGGCCAGGGGCUCGGCGUGCCUCUGGGAGGGCGCAGUGGGAACGCAUGUGAAGGCGCGACGCCUCAAUGCAGUCACAAGGACCAAGGACCACUCUGGAAUGUUGUGCCAGUGUCAGGCAUUCUUAUUUUGUGAGAUCACGUCUGUUUCUGCAUCUUGCUCUCGUGUGUGUGUGUGUGUGUGUGUGUGUGUGUGUGUGUGUGUGUGUGUGUGUGUGUGUGUGUGUGUGUGUGUGUGUGUGUGUGUGUGUGUGUGUGUGUGUGUGUGUGUGUGUGUGUGUGUGUGUGUGUGUGUGUGUGUGUGUGUGUGUGUGUGUGUGUGUGUGUGUGUGUGUGUAUGUAUGUAUAUGGGUGUGUGUGUUUUUGUUUUGCAAGUACUGUAUGUGCAUGUGCGCAUAUGCUGAGAAAGUGACUGGAUGCCUCAUUGCACUGUAUGCUUUCGUUACCCAGCCUUCACCACAUAUUCACUUCUGAUUCUUUAUUCAUGUUUGCAACGCAAAUGGUCCACAUGUAAAUAAUGAUUUGAUAUAUGAGAAACAUUCUCUGAUUGCACAUUAACUUUCAAUAAAUAAAUAUUUCCAAUGAAA